UUAGUUGCUCACAAAGCUUCGUCGUGUUUGUGUCAUAUAAUUUGUGACGUUUUGUUACAAUUCGCGAUAGUAUAACCCCAAAGUACGUGCGUGUUUUUUUUUUUUCUUUUAGAAUUCCCCGCUAAAAUAUCUUUCUACUGUACAUAUUAAUUUACAAAAAAAAAUAUGCAAGUAUCCGAUUGGUGCCUCGUUCAUAUAUCGUAAUAGAAGGAAUAAGGAAAACUAUUUAAAAAAAAAGAGUAAAACCUAAAAGACCAGCGAUGGACGGGACAAUACCUGUUGCUGUUGCGUUUGCUGCAUCAGCACGAAAUCCCGAUGCAUCGACGUUUUUCACGUAUCCACGAUACUCCAUCGUGACAGAUUCAAUUAUUUCACGUACGUAAAGAAAACAAGCAAACACAAAAAAUCGACGUUUUCAUGAAAGUAAAUACAAAUAGAUUACUCAUAAAUUUGUAUACGGUUAAAUUCACAAAUCAAGUGCAUCGCAACGAAAAUAAAAGUAAAAAGGCAACAAGUGUGCGAUGACUGUGAGGAGCGGUCGUUGACGAUGCGAGUUUCUCGGUCCAAAGGAGCAGCAUCCUUGAUCUCGUUGUAGGAAAAAUUAUAUUCGACGUGAAUAGGAGAAAUCGUUUUUUUUCUCCUGUCGCGUUUGACGGAGAGGCACGUGGCCUCGGCGUCUUUUAUUGCUAAUCGUUCGUCCCUUCCCAUCCUCCCCCAACCCCGUUACUCCCAUCCCUUUUAGCCAGGCCCAUUUCUAACCUCAAACGUGAAAAUUCGUGAAUUGGUUGUGCCCUCGACAGCUUUUCCGGCUUUUAUGACGAGUGUGAAAUUUACAAUAAAGUGAUAUUUGAGUGAUUUUUCAUGAAACCGCAAUAAACAAUGGGGAUCGUAAACAGUCGAUACAACAACGAGAGCGCUGGGAAUCUUGAGGCUUCGAGACCCGGCUCGAAUAUCGGCGUUGGAAACAACGUCGUCGGUGUUUCUGGUAUGCGGGAGAGUCUCGGUUUCGGACUCAAAACCAACAGUCUACAUCACCAACAACAACAAUAUUGUCAGCCAAGCCUGGGCAACGUUAUGUCCGGCGGUGGCGCUAGCCUUGGUGGCCCUCACACCAGAACCGGAAGUAUUAGAAGCGCACCAAGACAACCGAUGCCCGAUACCGGCGAGCUCGAAAAACGAUUCACCAAAGUUUUAGCUUCGAUGGAUUUGCCGCCGGACAAAGCGAAGCUUCUAAAACAAUACGACAACGAGAAAAAGUGGGACAUCAUUUGUGAUCAAGAACGAGUUCAAGCGAAGGAUCCGCCCUCCCACUAUCUCGCCAAGUUACGGACUUAUCUCGAUCCAAAAGCCUCGCGAAGCCAUCGGUCGUAUCGUUUCUUUACGUUCUUUCAGAAGAGAAAAAUGGUCGGGGAGUCGACCUCGACUCAGGUCCUGCGAGAUUUGGAAAUAUCCCUUCGUACUAAUCAUAUCGAAUGGGUCAGAGAGUUUUUGGACGACGAGAAUCAGGGACUCGAUGCGCUUAUAGAUUAUCUCAGCUUCAGAUUACUCAUGAUGCGGCACGAGCAACGCUUACUUGAGUCGCGAACGAAUUCCGAAGAAAAACUACAAACGAGUGGUGGCACAGCAACUGAUAAUUCAUCGUUGAACAACGGAUGCCUGAGGCCACCUUUGCACGAGCUUAAGGACAGCCCAGGCGUUAAACGACGAUCGAGACACGUAGCUCGUUUAAACAUGGGCGAAGCUAAAGACGACAUUCACGUUUGCAUACUGUGCAUGCGCGCCAUCAUGAAUAACAAGUACGGGUUCAACAUGGUAAUUCAACACAGAGAGGCCAUAAACUGCAUUGCUCUCAGCUUAAUACACAAAAGCUUGAGAACGAAAGCUCUCGUUUUGGAACUUCUUGCUGCAAUUUGCCUCGUCAAGGGUGGUCACGAAAUAAUUCUGUCGGCUUUCGACAAUUUCAAAGAAGUUUGCUCCGAGAGACGAAGAUUUACCACCCUCAUGGCUUACUUCACCCAAUACGACAAUUUUCAUAUCGAAUUUAUGGUAGCGUGUAUGCAAUUCGUAAAUAUCGUCGUUCAUUCGGUCGAGGAUAUGAAUUUUCGCGUACACCUGCAGUACGAAUUCACGAAAUUGGGACUCGACGAGUACCUCGAAAAAUUGCGACACACCGAGAGCGAAGAUUUGCAGGUACAAAUCUCGGCGUAUCUGGAUAAUGUUUUCGACGUGGCUGCCCUCAUGGAGGACAGCGAGACCAAGACUGCGGCCCUUGAAAAAGUUGCUGAACUGGAAGACGAGCUAGGACACGCUCACGAUCGAAUGGCUGAAUUGGAACGAGAAUCGUUGGCGAAAUUAGCAGAGCUCGAGACUGAAUUGGGAGCGAUUAAAAUCGAAUACGUGGAGGCUCUCGAGGCUCGUCGCAUGGUCGAGGAUGAAUUGACUGCUUUGAAAAGACAGAGGCAAGAUUCAGCGAGAAGGCAGAGCGUUCUCGAAAGCAAAAUUAUUGAACUUGAAACUCUCACCGGUACAUUGACGAAAGGCACUAGCGUUUCUGGUUUACGAAAUGGUUCACCAGCGAAUUCACCCACCUCCGAAAAUUUCGUCUCCUCGACGACCGUCCCCAAUUUACCUUCGCCGACUCCUCAAAAUCCACCUCCUCCGGCCCCUGCUCCACCGCCUCCUCCUCCACCCCCGUGCCCACCUCCACCGCCAAUGAACUCACACGCACCUGGAGAUUUCAAAGUCCCACCACCAGCCCCUAUUCCACCACCGCCUGCAGGAAUGAUGCAAGCUCCCGAUGGCGCUAUGACCAUCAAACGAAAGGUGCAAACCAAGUACAAACUGCCGACGCUCAAUUGGAUCGCCCUCAAACCGAAUCAAGUACGGGGAACGAUAUUCAACGAAUUAGACGACGAUCGUCUUCACAAUUAUAUCGAUUUUUCGGACUUUGAAGAGAGAUUCAAAAUUGGCAUCAGCGGUCACGUUGCUAACGGAACCAACGAAAUCGAUGGUCUCCAAAGCUUUCCUAGCAAGAGAUUCAAAAAGCCUGAAAAUGUUUCGCUUCUGGAACACACGAGGCUACGAAAUAUUGCCAUAUCACGAAGAAAAAUGGAAAUGCCGGUAGAAAAAGUCAUAACGGCGGUCAACGCUCUCGAUCUCAAAGUACUUUCACUUGAGAAUGUCGAAUUGUUGCAACGUAUGGUGCCUACGGAUCAAGAGAUAAAAGCGUAUCGCGAGUACAUAAUCGAAAAGAAGAACGUUAAUUUGUUGACCGAAGAAGAUAAGUUUUUGAUGCAACUCGGCAAAGUCGAGAGAAUAUCGACAAAAUUAUCGAUAAUGAAUUACAUCGGUAAUUUCUUCGAUAAUUUGCACCUGAUUACGCCCCAGAUACAUGCGGUUAUAUCAGCCGCGAGCUCGGUAAAAAGUUCGAAAAAAUUGCGUGCCGUCCUCGAAAUAAUUUUGGCCUUCGGGAACUAUUUGAACAGCAGCAAACGUGGGCCUGCAUAUGGAUUCAAAUUGCAAAGUUUAGACACACUCUUAGACACGAAAUCGACCGACAAACGCAUGUGUCUUUUGCAUUAUAUCGUCGCAACGAUCAGGCUUAAAUUCCCUGAGAUUAUCAAUUUCGAGAGUGAACUCAUGUACAUCGACAAAGCAGCGACUGUUUCGAUUGAAAAUAUUACGACCGACGUUCACGAGCUCGAGAAAGGUAUGGACCAGGUGCGCAAGGAAUUCGAGCUCAGGGGCAAGGAGAAACACAACACCGUGUUACGCGAUUUUUUGAACAAUUCCGAAGAGAAAUUGCGUAGAUUGAAAUCGGAUGCGAGAACCGCCGGCGAGGCUUUUCGCGAAUGCGUCGAAUUCUUCGGCGAAAGCCCGCGGCAGGCUGACGCCAAUACAUUCUUCUCUCUUCUCGUCAGAUUCGCGCGUGCAUUCAAGGCUGCGGAUCAGGAGAAUGAACAACGUCGCAGAUUGGAAGCUGCUGCUGCAGAAGCUCUUAAUACGUCCGAAGAAGUCAUCAAGCGAAACAAACUGAACCAAAAGAAACAGCAGGAUGCGGUGAUAAAUGAAUUGAAGAACAAAACUCGUAUGGUCCAGGAGAAGAAGCUGCUGCAACAGGACGAAGUUUACAAUGGUGCCCUCGAGGAUAUAUUGUUGGGUCUGCGAUCGGAGCCUUAUCGUCGUGCCGACGCUGUGAGGCGGAGUCAACGUCGGAGAAUCGACAAUCAUCGAUUAUCGCGAACUGCCGAAGAGCUCGAACUAUAAAAAUGAACAUUUAUGAACAAAAACAACGACGAAAUAUCGUCUCACCUAUCCAAUCGCUAGAGAAUGAAAAAGUCGCGGGAAUUUUCAAAAAAAAAAACAACCCUGGCACGAGUUUCGAGGGUGCUCGUAAGUUCAUUUCCACUUCACACAUAAGUCACAUGCCGUCGGUGCUAAGUGAACUGCGCAAAGAUUAUUAUUAUAAAGUUAGCCACCAUUACGAAAUGUUGAUUCUCCGUUUUUCUGUUUCUCUACCAGUUUCUCGAUUUUUCCAUUUGUUUUUAUGUUUAUUUUUUCGUUGACAACAUUCCGUAAAAAAAUCGUAGAAAACUUUACUGAUUACCAGUCGUUACUCGAUUUUUUUUCUAUUCAACCUUCGAGAUAAAGUAAAAAAGGAUGGGUGAACGACUUCAAUACUGGAACAAAAAACUGCCGUACAAAAAAUUUUUCUGACGCACACUUUUGCCUACAUACAUUCAUAUACAUAAAUAUAAAUAUAUUUAUAUCAUACGAUUAAGCAUUGGAACAAAGAACGCGAGUGAUAUUUUUCUGUCCUUUGAAAGUUUAAACAAACACAAACAAAAGUUGCCAUAUUCAUGAAAAAACAGAAUGCUACAUUCCUUCGAGAAUCUCGUGAUUUUUUUCAUGUCAAUUUAUCCGGAACGAAAACCGUGCAAUUAUAACAGUAACUUGUUUCCGCGAUGAAUUGUAUGAAAAAUUCUUUUGAUAUACUUGUAUUUUUUGUACGCUCCUUCGAAUUCACCUUAACAUGAUAACGCAUCAACGCACAAAUUUAGCUAUGUAGAAGCCAACGAAUUUUUCACUUUUUAUACGUCCUACGAAACAAUAGUCAAGAAUUUAUAACCGAAAUGAAACAUUCUAAAACAACAAAUACGCGAAUAAUCGAUAGGCAAAAAAGCGAGAAAUGACAAAUACUUGUAAAUAUCAUUGUAGUAUAUCUAUAUUCGAGAACAGUUGACAACUAUAGAAUAGCCUGUAAUUAUUAUUAUUAUUAUUAUUAUUAUUAUUAUUAUUAUUAUAUUUACCGUUUAUGAUUAAUUUGCCAAUGUGAUGUUUAGAUAAAAAAGAAGAAAUAUCUAUUAUAGUGAUACGAGAAAAGCAAAUAUAUAACUUAGCGAUAUUAUCCAAAUUCGAUGUAGAAAAAAUAAAAAAAUGAACAUCAUUCAUCAUUAAAAUGAUAAAUCGCGAAAUUACAAUUAAUGAUUAUAAUAAAAGUGAGAAAUAAUAACUGAUCAAAACAAACAGACCGAGAGGUAAAAGUUAUACGAAUUUCGUCGUCGACGGUGUAUAUAUUUAAAACAAAAAAUGUAAAAGAUUCGUUACGAUAAUAGCCUGAGAAAAAGGAAAAUCUUUCGCAUUUUUGUAUACUGAAAAAAAAAAACAAAUAAACAGAGAAAAAAGAUUGACAUCGAUCGGUGCCAAUUGAGGGUAUGGAUCAGUCACUUAAUCUCACUUGGAAUUUUCGAAACUGAAAUUCUUUGCCACAGUUUGACCGAUAAAAAAAAGGCUCUGUCAGCCGACGUAGGGGCGAUGGCAAAAAUAGACUAACAUUUUUAUUAUUUCGAUAGGUAUGGAAAAAUUUCACUUUCAAAAUUACAGCUAUAUCUCUCUCGCAGUCACGGAUGCGAUAUACCGACUGAUCCAUGCUCUUAAUGAUCAACGAUGCAAAUGUACAUUUGAUACUUUAUUAUACUGUAAUGUCUUUAAUACACCAACAUUGCUGUCGGAAUUUGCAGGUAUGGAUUUUUUUUAAAUAUUUCUAAUUCCAUUUUUUGGAACCGAUGCACCAUUUUUUUUUAUUUGUAAUAGCUUUCAAGCAUUCGUUCCGUUCCAAGAUUUUGUUCACUGUUCGGAAAAAAAGGAAUGGAAAUGACGCUCAUGAAUCGUAUUAUUUUUCUAUUUAUUUUUUUUUUAUUAUUCAAUCGUUUGAUUCGACAAUUCUACAAUUAUACCAUAAUUCGUGUAACAUAAUAUUUUUAUAUACAAAUAUACAAUAUACAAAAAGGCACGGUAUAUCUACAUAUACUUCGGUUCGCAUAGAGGAUUAAAAAAAGAGUGCGAUAAAAAUAUUUCUAAAAAAUAUAUAUAUAUAAAGAUAUACAUAUAUAAAUGUAAA